UUGCACCCCAAACAGAUAUAUAAUUACAGCCAUACGUCGAGGGUGUGUAAACAUACAAUAUGGAUUAAAUACAAAAGGGUGUGUUGACACAGGGAUUGGCUCACAGGAUGGGCACAUAGGUCACUCAAGUUGCUAGCGAAUGUUAUCAAUGAUUUUACUGCUUUGGAACUCGUACCUGAACAGUACUUAUUGAUAAACAUUAAUUUACACCACCCGUCAUGUACAUGUUGAGAAUAACUGGAUAGUAUUUUACCACAGAAUACGUGGAAGUUUGAAAAAAUGAAAUUAAAAUGCUGGAAAACGUGUCAGAGACACUACUCAGCUUUAUAAUAUACUGAAGUCAUUUCGAUAACAAGGAGUUGUGCGAGUAAUAAGUGCUUGGUUUGAGUGGAGUGUACACAUCAAACGUGGCAACCAGACUGGCUGGCUGGCUGGCUGACUGGCUGUGCAUACCCACUUUAACCAUCCUCGAGAAAGCCUACAUUAUCAAAUAACAACUUGCAUGGCAAAGACUCGACGUAACUUCCGGACCGCUAGAGAUAGUGCGCUCGGCUUCUUCUGUCUCCUCACCGCUUUCACUUCCGGAUGCCUGCUUCUCAACAUCAGCAUGAUCACAUCGAUCAAAUCGAGCGUUGACACCGGCGAUGAGCUACGUGACGUCACGGUUGCACCAGUAGCAGCACCGAGAAAGAGUUACGUUGGAAUGUUGAGGCUCAUGGUCUAUAGUGACGAUUCGGCGGAUCCUGAAUAUGUUUCAAAUAAUUAUUCCCAACCCAAACUUGUAGUUUGGGCUGGUAAGAAAACAAUCUGUUCUAAGAAUACCGACUUGUUUGUAUAUGUUCCGAGCAAAAAGGAAAAUUUUAUAAGACGGCGAUUGAUUCGCCAAACAUGGGGUUCUUUAAAAAUCGUCAAUAAUAUAUCCAUCACAGUCGUGUUUAUUUUAGGUAAACCCCUCGAUAUUAAUGACCAGGUUAUGAUUAAUAAUGAACAGCUUGUUCACGAAGAUAUUAUUCAAGUUGAUGUUCACGAACACUUACGAAAUUUAUCGGUGAAAGCGGUCGCCGCAAUGUCUUGGAUACAUGAGCGCUGCAAACACAUUCGUUACGUCAUGAAGGUUGAUGACGACAUCUUUGUGAACGUCUUUGAACUGACAAGAACUAUUUUGCCCCAGCUCCGCCCGGACUCGUUUGCAAUUGCUUGCCAUGUGGUGCCGGAGGGAAGAAGUCCAAUAGUUCGCUCGGAAAAGAGUCGUUGGUAUAUCCCAGAAAACCUGCUUCCUGGACGGAAAUAUUUCCCGACAUUUUGUUCUGGUUAUACGGUGGUGAUGACUGCUAAAACUGCUCAAGAAUUGUUUAAAAAUUCUCUUAAACAGCCCAUCUUGCCCGUAGACGACGUGUACAAUUUCGGUAUCCUUGCCGAAAACUUGAAUGUUACGUUCAUGGACGUAAAGGGGAAAAUGUCGUUGAAUGAAGCGUCUGCAAUGAAGUCAUACGAGAGCGGCGACGUACAGACAUUCGCUAUUGACGUCAAGUCAUCCGCUAAAAUGGAACUGUUCUGGUCACUCGCUCUUCAAAAUGAAAUGAAGAAUGCAUCUUAAACGGAGCAUUUUUCUUCGUCAUACCGUGUUCAUGUGUAUACUGCAAUGUAUAGCGGCAUUGCACUCAUCAGUAUCGUGUGUUGACUGCGUUUAAAAAAAACUUGUUUAGCACAGGCUGAUUUUGUGUACAUUGAUUUACAAUAUAAUAGGCUAUUGUUGACUGUAUAUUUCUUUCAAUGGGGACAAUCCAACAUUUUGUUUAUUACGAAAGGCUAGUCGUCUGUCAGUUGGCUGUAAACUACAGAAAACAUGUGUGAAUUCAACCACUAUAUCUCGACAGGGUAUAUCAUACAGGCGAUACAUUUACUUAUUUAAAAUGUGACAUAUACGUAUUUGAUAAAGAAGCGUAGCGGUUUAUACUCGAUCGACUAAAUAAUUAAAAAAAUAAGUAUAAAAAAUGUAAAAUAUGUCUUUUUAUUUCUUGUACAUAAUUGAUUGGACCUAUGUUACAACAAAAAAUGUACAUCACCCCUUUAUUGAACAAAACUCAGUGAUGUUAUUAUUAAAAUCCAGGUGUGGAUUAAAAACA